CUCUGCUUAUCUUUAUUGUUCCGGUCGUACAUAAACAGAUGAUACAAAUCUCUUUUUUUUUUCAAUCACCCCUUUUUCCUUUCUAUCACUUUUCUCUUCAUCUAUGCGCUUAGUUCCAAGAGAAUUAGAUAAACUUUUACUACACCAAGGUAGUUGAUGUAUAUGAAAACAGCUAAUCAUUCUUUUCUCAGUUGGCUUUCUUGCUCAAAAAAGAUUGGCUCGUGGUGUUAAGUUAAACAAGACUGAGGCAACAGCUUUAAUUGCUUCACAAUUACUUGAGCUCAUGAGAGAUGGUUGCUAUUCUGUAGCUCAGUUAAUGGAUAUUGGCAAGCAAAUGUUGGGUCGACGACAUGUUUUACCUGAUGUUUUUCAAACAUUGCAUGAAGUACAGAUUGAAGGCACAUUUCCAGACGGUACUUAUCUUGUCACAGUCCAUGAUCCUAUCUGCACAGACAAUGGUGAUUUAGAAAUAGCAUUGUAUGGCACUUUCUUUCCUAUUCCUGAUCAAGACAAAUUUCCAUUAGUAAAAGAUGUAAAAAAGACAGAUGCACCAGGCGCGAUUGUUGUGAAACCAGGGAAAAUCGAACUGAACGCCGGGAGAAAAAGACUAUCCUUGUCGGUAACAAAUUAUGGUGAUCGUCCUAUUCAGGUAGGGUCCCAUUUUCACUUUAUUGAGUCCAAUGCAGCGCUUCAUUUUAAUCGUGCCCUUGCUUAUGGUAUGCGACUCGAUAUUCCUGCUGGCUCUGCAGUUCGUUUUGAACCAGGUGAUUUCAAGACAGUCACACUGGUUGAGAUUGGUGGUCAUAAAGUCAUUACAGGUGGAAAUGGAUUAGCUACUGGACCAUUGGAUUUGAUUCGUUUGCCAGAGAUUAUCAACACACUUACGAUCAAAGGAUUCAAAAAUGAUGCGAAUGCACCCUUAUUACCAGCUCCCAGCUCUAAUUUCCUUGAUCGCGAAUACUAUGCUGAUCAUUUUGGUCCCACCACAGGUGAUUUAAUUCGUUUAGGCGACACAGAAUUAUGGGCUCGUGUCGAAAAAGAUUAUACAAUUUAUGGUGAUGAAUGUAAAUUUGGCGGCGGUAAAGUGUUGCGAGAAGGCAUGGGACAAGCCACGGGCAAACUAGACCAUGAAGUUCUUGAUCUUGUGAUUACCAACGCAUUGAUUAUUGAUUAUACUGGUAUUUACAAGGCAGAUAUCGGUAUCAAGCAUGGUAUCAUUGUUGGUAUCGGUAAAGCAGGCAAUCCAGAUGUGAUGGAUGGCGUGACUCCUGGUAUGGUUGUUGGGUGUGGUACGGAAGCCUUGGCAGGCGAAGGCAAGAUAUUUACCGCUGGUGCGAUUGAUUCUCAUGUUCAUUUUAUUUGCCCUCAAUUAUGUUACGAAGCUCUUGCAAGUGGUAUUACAACCUUAAUUGGUGGUGGUACUGGUCCUAAUACAGGUACGAAUGCAACCACUUGUACUCCUGGUUCUCAUCAUAUUGAAAUGAUGAUGAAGGCAACAGAUGAUAUUCCUUUGAAUUUCGGAUUUACUGGUAAAGGUAAUUGUUCCAAUAAGGAAGAACUAGUGGAGCAUAUCCGAGCGGGUUGUAUUGGUCUCAAGCUGCAUGAGGAUUGGGGCACUACACCUGCUGCCAUUAAUGCUUGCCUUGAAGUUUGUGAUGAUUUGGAUGUGCAGGCCACCAUCCAUACAGACACAUUAAAUGAAGCUGGUUUUGUUGAAUCGACCAUUUCAUCAUUUAAAGGACGCACUAUUCACACAUAUCAUAGUGAAGGUGCUGGUGGUGGACAUGCUCCAGAUAUUAUUACUGUAUGUGGCGAGCCCAAUGUCCUUCCCUCAUCCACAAACCCAACAAGACCAUUCACAGCCAACACAUUGGAUGAACAUGUUGAUAUGUUGAUGGUAUGUCAUCAUUUAUCAAAGACAAUCCCAGAAGAUGUUGCAUUUGCAGAAAGUAGAAUUCGAGCUGAAACGAUUGCUGCAGAGGACGUGUUGCAUGAUUUAGGUGCUAUCAGUAUGAUUAGUUCUGAUUCACAAGCCAUGGGCCGUAUUGGUGAAGUAGUUCUUCGCACUUGGAAGACGGCCAGUAAAAUGAAGCAGCAACGUGGUAAACUGCCAGAAGAUAUAGAUUCAGAAGGCGAUAAUUAUAGAAUUCGGCGCUAUAUUGCUAAAUAUACCAUCAAUGUUGCUUUAUCUCAUGGUAUUGGACACCUUGUGGGUUCUAUUGAAGUGGGUAAAGUGGCUGAUCUAGUCUGUUUCAAGCCAGAAUAUUUUGGCUCUAAACCUGAACUUAUUCUCAAGGCUGGUGUGAUUGUAUGGGGACAAAUGGGUGAUGCAAAUGGUUCCAUUCCAACAACAGAACCAACUAUAUCCAGACCUAUGUACGGUGCUAAUCCUUCAAGUUUAUCUACUUCAUGCAUGAUUUUUGUAUCCCGAUUAUCUGUAGAUCAAGGUAUCAUUGAUAAAUACAAGCUUCGUAAAAGAAUAGAACCUGUCAAGGGAUGCCGUACUGUUAGCAAAAAAGAUAUGCACUUGAAUGACGCCAUGCCUAAAAUUACUGUGGAUCCAGAAACAUACAGGGUCCAAGCCGACGGACAAGACUGUGUAUGUGACCCUGUUUCUUCUCUACCGCUAACUCAAUCUAUAUACCUAUUUUAAUAUAUAAACAAUAAUUAUUUCGGAGGAGUAACAAAGAAAAAAAAAGUCGAGACCAUGUUGAACGAUAUGCUGUACAAUAUAGGAACUGUCAAAAUAGCAUGGCAAUCUAUAUUUACAUUGCAUUGUUCUUAAAAUGAAAGGAACUUGCGUAUGUGUAUCAUCUUUUAUACUCUGGGGCACCUCUCGAGAUCCACUUAUUUUCUUGUAUGGUAAUAAAGAAAUCUACUUUAAUCUCAUAC